AUGGUUUUAGGUAAUCUGCGGCCACAGAACAACAUUACAACGAAGUGCGCAUGUGAGCCCACAGCAGGUAUCAAUCUAAAGUUACUUUAGUAAUACUUACCACUUUGACUUAUGCUAUCACAAGGCUAUCCAAAAGUAAUAGUAAGCUUUAGACAUGAAAAAAUAUUUAAGGCUUCCCCUGUUAGGAAAAACAACAUUUUUGCAUGCGCGGGAAACUAAAAGUCAGUAAAUUAUUUUCAAGUUGAAUGAAAUUUUUGAAAGACAUGACAUAUCAGUCAUCCCCAUAAAAAAUGUUGUUGUUUGAUAGUAGACUCGAUCACCAGCCGAUUAAUCGGUGCAAUCACGUUCCUUCGCUGUAGAAAGAGGAUGCAACCCAGUCCCUCAAAAACGGCUGGAAGUCGAGCCUAUUAGUCUUCUGUGACAGUAGGGACCUUACGAAACUGCGACGGUGACUUUAACGGGAACGUCAAAAAAGCAAUAGGUUUAUUGAGCAAAACAACAAUUCUGCACGUGCAUCACGCUUUUUUGUACAUUUCUUUGCCGUCCCUUCACAGCUAGGACAUGCAUUGACCAAAUUUCAAGUUUACUUGGGAACGGAAACGGCAAUGCGAUAAAUUCUAACACGUCUGUCAGAACUUGUGCGCGGCCCCUUCUCUUCAGCUCCAACCCAAAUCCUUUUUUUUAAGUAACUGGGCCCGCUGGAAUAAUCGCGAAAAAAAAGUGAAAGGAUACGAAGUCUAUUCUUCAGCGACGUUUUUAUGGACGUCGCCGUUGUCGGAUCGUAAGGUCCCUAGUAUCAGUAUGUAACGGCUGAGAAUACAGUAGGGCCUCUGUAUGGAUACCUGCGGACGUCGAUUGCGUCGCGCGUUUUCCAUCAAAUCGUCGGUUUUUCAGACAAAAUCGUCGCAUAACAAGAAUUUUUUUGCGUGGUAACUCUAUUAGCGAGCUCAGCGCAACCACAAUAACGAAGACGGAGACGAACAAUAUAGGUAAAUUAAAAACUCUAAAGUGCAGCAAUUAUUUAGGCAGUUUUGUUUGUCAUUAUUGCUCGACCAACGUUGAUUGAAAAAGUUGAUUGAAAUGGCAAUGAUCCUCGCUUUAAUUUCUAAGAUCUUCCCUUUAUCAAUGGCGAUCGUCGCGACUUCGAUUUGUCGGAAAUACUCCUACAGAGGCUCACAAUAGCUUGCGUGGCGGGCGUCGACAGUGCACGGACCCACACCUUGAGAUAAGGGGGGCCCCGGUCAUCCAGACCCUUAGAUAAGGGGGGCCCUGGUCAUCCAGACCCUUAGAUAAGGGGGGCCCCGGUCAUCCAGACCCUCAGAUAAGGGGGGCCCCGGUCAUCCAGACCCUCAGAUAAGGGGGGCCCCGGUCAUCCAGACCCUCAGAUAAGGGGGGCCCCGGUCAUCCAGACCCUUAGAUAAGGGGGGCCCCGGUCAUCCAGACCCUUAGAUAAGGGGGGCCCCGGUCAUCCAGACCUUUAGAUAAGGGGGGCCCCGGUCAUCCAGACCCUUAGAUAAAGGGGGGCCCCGGUCAUCCAGACUGACCCUCAGAUAAGGGGGGCCCCGGUCAUCCAGACCCUCAGAUAAGGGGGCCCCGGUCAUCCAGACCCUUAGAUAAGGGGGGCCCCGGUCAUCCAGACCCUUAGAUAAAGGGGGGCCCCGGUCAUCCAGACCCUUAGAUAAGGGGGGCCCCGGUCAUCCAGACCCUUAGAUAAGGGGGGCCCCGGUCAUCCAGACCCUUAGAUAAAGGGUACAGUAGUACCUCUCCUAAAUGAUCACGUGUUCCAAAUAUCUAAAUUUUCUAAGUCAAAGCCUAACAGUUGUAACCACUAGUAAACAAGUACCACUCAACAGCGAUCGCGACCAAGUUGUCGCAGUUGUACCACGCUACACAGAGUAUAAAAGGAACUUUAUGGGAGAAAAUCCCCGCAAGGGUCCUCCGCCAUAAACUAACGCUGAACAGAUAUAAUUUUUGCUUGAUUUUCGUUGCAGCUUAUAUUCAUGUUAAUACUAUUGAUCCUGGGUGGAUGUACACACAUUGGGCACGGGGUAUGUUUGAACUAUUUUUUGAUACUGAUGUAUAAAACAUGGUACAGAGUUUUUUAAGACCAAAAUGGGUUGGUAUUUAUUUGUAAGAAAGUGUUAAGUCGACAAUGUUCAACAAACCUGUGUCUGAACACAUUUUGAAGUUGCGUACGUGAUUCUAGCAUCAAAAUAUUGAAGAGAGAUUUAGAAUCACGCUUCACGCAGCAAGCUGUAAACAUCAAAUUCAAGUUGGUGAUUUCCGCUUAAAAUAGGAAAUGAACAGACGAUAAAACUGUGCGCAGAUAUUCAUGUGGAUGAAACUGGCGUGAAAUUGUAUUUUUUUUUACCAUUAUUAUUUACAACAUGAACAGCAAACCAAAGGUAAAGGAAGACUUGGUCAAGUGGUACAUAUUGGCGUUUACUCUCUGCCGUAAAACGUGGUUCUAAAACUCUCUUUUGCUUUUUUUUUUUCCAUUCCAAAGAUAAUUCACAAGAAAAAUCCCACAUAAACGCUAGAGCUUGAGUCAUAGAAAGUUUACAAUACGUGAAAAAGUACAGUUAAGAUCAUUGCAUUUGGAUGAGUUUGCCGGUGGUCACAAAAAGAAGAAAAAAGAAGAAUGAAAAGUAGAGUGGCACAUCUAGGUCAACUAAUAUUGUGCCCCUAAAAUAACGUAAUCCCCCCGGUAGAAGCCUAUUUAAGGUUCUAAUAAGUUUAGUUUAAAAUGUUCGUAAAAUUGCUUACGAGAGCGACAAAAAAAACGUCGCCAUCUUGACCGCUGGCCGCUGGCCGCUGACCACAUUUCCUUGUUUCUUAUCAGCAGCGUUAAAAUGAAUUUGAGCGACGUCACGUCCACACAGAGAGAGAGAAAGCUCGGGUGUUUUAGCCUGCGGAUUUUUUCGGAAUUUUUCGACGAGUGCUAGCUCGUAUCAUAUUUAUCAAGAGAGAAUGAGUGAUAGAGGUGUAGGCCUCUUUUGUCGCAGAUAAACAGGGAGACGUUUGAGUUUGUACAACAGUGUUUCUGUUAACCUAAAAGAAAAGCAACAAACAUUAAUUGAAACUUGCGCAUGCAGAAUGUGAAGCGCGUGGGAGUACUGCUACUCUCGCGUUUUGUUCGUGCGUUAAUGGAUUAAUGCAGUCGAACCGCGCUUGACAGAAAACCCGCUCAUAAUACAGACUCCUCGUUAUAACGGACACUUUCUACGGCCCCCUCAGUGUCCGUAUUAACGGGGUGUAUUAUGAAAAACUGAAGUAGAUAUGGAACGCUUGGAGUCUAACUAGUUUAGCUAGGGCAACCUAACCCGUUUUAUUCACAAGGUUUGAUUAAUUUUUUUAAACAUUUAUUCACAGACCAGGACACUCUAAAAAUUGCAUGGCGUUAUUACAGCCCCAGCUGCUUAGCUUCAUUGCCGAAUCGAUUCUAUAUACAGAUUGCAAGGAAAGGGACGUAUGGGGUUUAUUGCAACCUCCGAAUGAAGACACCUUUCAUCAAAGAAGUUGCAGUGUGGUCACACCAUGGCCACCAUCAAGGCAAAACCAAAUAUCUAUUCAAUUACACGUUGCCAUAUAACAGUACAAACAGUACAAAACCCUUUCAUGACGUUAGGUUCUUUAAACUUGUUUCACUUCGUAAGAGAAGUAAAUUAUACGCUCACCUUAAACUUGAUAUCCCAGACUCUUGGAAGGAAGAUAUACGUGCACUCAAGUUUAAAAACUUCCUCUUAAACCUGUUUGAUAACGAAGUUAACAACAACAACUUUGGAGUGUUUUCAAUCCAAUAA